GUGAAAUCUGGAACUCUAUUUGACAAUGUAUUGGUAUCUGAUGAUCUUGAAUAUGCUAAGAAGUUGGCUGAAGAGACAUGGGGCAAGCAUAAGGAUGCUGAAAAAGUUGCUUUUGAUGAGGCAGAAAAGAAGAGAGAGGAGGAGGAAGCAAAGGAUGACCCAGUCGAUUCUGAUGCUGAGGAAGGCGAUGAUGAUGAUGCUGCUGAUGAAGCAGAUAGUGAUGAUGCAGACGCCAAAUCAGAAACAAAGGAAGAUGUUACUGCCGCAGCUGAGGAAAAUGUUAAAGACGAGCUGUAGGAAAAUACGUGCGAGUGCUGUGGUUGGCCCAACAUGCUGCUGCGAAGAAGAGCUUUGUUGGCAAUUGAGCUCUCGACAUUUUUCAUUUUUCUUUUGGCUUUUAGCUGUAGAAUUGCUGUUUAGGGAAAAAAGAUAUUGGCUUUUGGCUUUUGGCUUUGAGUAUCUUUGUGCUUUGUACCGUUGAAAAAUGGUUGAAAAAAAAAGUAGCAACUACAGUCACAAAGCUGCUUUUGGCAACUUUCUUGCAAGAAAAUCAUUUAGUUGCAUUUGAUCGUCUUUGGUAAGGGGUCGAUGGUUUCUAAUUAAAGAAGUUACUUGUUUAUGACAAAA